AUGAUGGAGGGUGAUCGGGAGGAUCAAACUCAUGGCCACAUUUCUUACCAUAACAGUCAAAUCAACAUUGCCCUGGCCACCAGCAACACGAUGUCCGAGUGCAAUUUCGUCUUCAACCAUGAACUUACGGGAGCUUCUCCCACCGUGAAUGAUCAGGCCCAGUCGACUCGAGGAACCAAUAAGGAUGGUGCUGUACCGACGGCUCAGACUUACCAGACUCCAAAGAGUGGCGAGUUUAACACAAAGAAGUCCAACACCAAGGAGUCCAAGCCGGUGGGCUUCGCCCUAUCAAGCAUACAAAACACACCUAAAGUGGUGAUUCCUGGCCUGACCCUCCUUCAAAAUUCGGAGAGACGAUCCCAUUCAGAGGGACCCUGGGGCGGACAGGCCGCAUCCCGACCUGCCAUGAUCCAGAACGACGCCCAAACCUGGGAAGAUCUUCCCGAAACCGAAGCCUCGCAGAAUACUCUGAAAAGGGUGAAAGUAUUUACAGUUCCGCGACCCCGAAGUGACUGA